CGCAUCCGGCCCGGAGGGAGGGGAGCGGAACGGAGCGCGGCGGAACGGAGCGGGGGAGGAGGGCUGCGCCCCGCCGGCACGGAGGGCUCCGGGCGCUGCGGGUAUCUGCCGGGCACGGGGUGAGGGCAGAGGUGAGCCGAGGCCGGGAUGCUGCGUCCCGGGGCGGGGUGCUCGGUGCAGACGUGGAGCUGUUGGAGGACCACCACAGCGAUCCCAGGAGUGGAACGACCCCGCCGCGGGACAGGCUGGGAGAGCUGGGGCUGUUUAACCUAAGGAAGAGGAGGCUCCGGGACGCCUACGGUGGCCUUUCAGUACUGAUAGGAAGAAGGGGACAGCCUCCUCGGCAGAGCCUGUUGUCACAGGAUGAGGGGAAAUGGUUUCCAACGGAAAGAGAGGAGAUUUAGUCUGGAUAUAAGGAAGAAGAUGAUUAAAGUAGGAGUGGUGAGGCUGGCACGGGUUGCGGGGAGGUGGCGGUGCCCCAUCCCUGCAGACAGCCGGGGUCAGGGGAUGGGCUCUGAGCACCGAUGGAGCCGUGGGCGUCCCCGUUCAGUGCAGGGAUUGGGGUCAGACAGCCUCUGGGGGGUUCCCUCCAACUCAAAUGGUUCCAUGAGUCCAGGAGGGGGGAGCACUCCUCCAGCUGCACUCCCAUGGGCAGAGCCAAGGGUCCCCCCCAAAGGAUCCCAGCCAUUCAUCCCACCUGGAGCUGGAGAACAGCCACCUCCAACUCUCACCUCCACGUGCAAACUCAUCAGACCGAAGAAAAAACAAUAACAAAAGUGCCACUUCUGCCCUGGGAUCCACCACCCGUGUGGCAACUGCACGCCGCGGUGCCCACGCACACAAGUAACCUUCCCACGUGGUUUCCUUUGGGUGUCAGUGGCCCCGAUGCUGUUGACACGUCACACAAACCACCGCCGAUCUCCUCACGUUAUGACACCCACAGACGCAGUGCUCCUUGGACUUGGGGCCACGUGGAACGGACUCCACUCUUCGGAGCACCCGAGUUUUGCAGAGAUAAGAUGAGAACAAGGCUCUCUUAUCUGUUUUUCUUCGUGGAAAGGCACGGCUAUUGGAAAACAAAGCGAAUCACAAGAGCACGGGUUGUGGGAGGAAAGGCAGCCGAAGCAAGGGCUGCGCCCGAGGAAGAUCAAAUUUCUGUUGGCUUUUUUCGGAAGAAUGUGAUCUACGGCAACGUUCGGCGUGCAGAGAAUGUAUACGUUAAGAUGUUCACCAAUAGCCCAUCCCUGGUGUGUAUGGAUUUGUCUCUCUCUCAAGAAGAAAUAAUAGACCCCAAGUAUUCGUGGACUGGCCCAGACGGGAGGAAUUUAGAAGGGCGAGGAUACGCAAAUCUCACGGGCUCUGGGGAGCUGAUGCUGGUGGGCUUCCAGGAGUCCAUGUCCGGAGCCUACACGUGUACGCUUUCCCACAGAAUCAUAGAAACCUCAGCACAAGAAGAAGUAGAUGUGAGAGAUACGUACAGGUUCAUGGUGUAUGCAUACAGGGAAGCCAACCACGUGUAUCAGGUCUCGGUCCGCUUCACCGCGAAGGGAUGCGAGCUGGCGGCCAACGCGCGGUUCGUGGAGGAGCUGAAGAAGAUCAUGGAGAGCCUCAUCUCCGACCUGACGUGCGGCGUGAAGGGGCCGUCGUACCGCUGCCAUUCCCUCGAGGCUCCGCACCGGGGCUCCCCGAGCGAACUGUUCAUCACUUUUCAGGUGAACCCCUUUGCUCCGGGAUGGGAGGAUCUCUGCAGCCGCCUCCCUCAGGACUGUGAGGACACCACGAACCGGAGAGCUCAGGAGGCAACAGAGCGAAUAGGAGAGUUCUUCAGGAAGCAGACCUACGCUCUGAAGCACCAAUUUCAGACCGUUCCUACCAUACAUUACGUGGAGGGCAGCUUCUCCGUGACCCCCAUCGACAGCUGCCGCCCGGGGUUUGGGAGGAACAACAUCACCCACCGGAGCUGCGCCGGCUGCUGCGUGGUGUGCAGCCCUGGGACGUACAGCCCUGAUAGUGCUGGCAGCUGCCGGGUGUGUGCGGGGCGCCGCACUGCGGGGUACGGAGCGAAGUCCUGCCCGUGAAUGUGGCACAGAAUGCAGAAACCGGAGGUGUGGAAGCAUCGUUGGUUUCCCGAUGGCCCCUUCGUGCUGAGCUCCGGGUCCUGGAACUCUACAUUCAGUUCGAGCAGUGGCUGAGAGCUCCUCUGCUCACGCACCCCUCCUGCAUUUCAUGUGUUCAGGCAUAAAACGGGGCGUUCAUUCAG